AUGGCCCGCAUCCAGGAGCUUCAGACUGAGCUUGGUGCUGAUGGUGGUGUGGCCUCGCCAGCUUCGCUGCCUGGUACGCCAGGUCCCACCGAGUUUUAUUUGCCGAAGUCAGCUGGCACCUUUGCCCCCGGCCUGCUUGCUAGGCCUUUGGCGGCCAGGCAACUUAGCCAAGACACUAUGAAGCUCGGUACUCAAAACAGCUUUGAGUCGGAGACGCAAGCAGCACAUGUGACAACACCAGAAACGCGAGCCGGCUGCCCACUUACCACGCCAGGCAGAGAGCAGGUCCAAACAGCAGAGUGUGCCACAGAGGAAACAAGGCAGACAGCCCAGCUUCCACCACAGACCACACCAGGAUCAGCCGAGACCACAGCAAGAACAGGCAAGCUCUCACCACAGACCGCACUAGGAUCAGCCGAGACCACACCAGGAACAGGCAAGCUCUCGCCACAGACCGCACCAGGAUCAGCCGAGACCACACCAGGAACAGGCAACCUCUCGCCACAGACCGCACCAGGAUCAGCUGAGACCACACCAGGAACAGGGCCUAGCACAUCAGUCGAGACCACAGCGCAGGCUACACUAGAGUCGGCAAUGGGUGGUUUGCGUAUAGAUAGCAAUGGACGCGCAGACUCCAAUGUCUGGGAGCACGAUCGACAGCCUGACGCAGAUCAGCUUUCAACAUACGGUUCCCACAAGGAAGAUGCAGUGGCCCGAAUGCCAAGUGAGAUCUCACCCGAUCAGAGUCCAAACUCCCAGGCCCUGCUGACCAAGAAGAUCCGAAGACACUUCCAGCCGAACUCCAAGGGCCAGAUCAAGGAGGAAAAGGAGGAGGAAGAGUUAAUGGGCGGGUGGCACACGCAAGUGAGCCUCGAGAUGGAGAAUUGGGAGAUGAUCAAGAACUCCAAACGAUGGGCUCAAGCCCGAAAUUUGCUGCGCAAGAACAAAGACCCUACUGGAGAAGCUCUAUUGUCUUCUGACAUCAAUGCCGAGGAUGUUAUGAGAGGGGCUGAUGCUGAUGCCCGGGCGGUUCAAAUGACUACUUCGUCUGCUGGGGCUAGUGGGCCUGGGAAGAAUCAGCUACAGCUGCCGGUUCUCCAGGAGAAUGCAGAUGUCAACAGCCUGUUGCCUAUCUACGUGGAUGUUGUUGGGAAGAAGCUCGACAAGUGCGCGGAAGCUAAGGACUGCGUACAUGAGAGACUCGACAAUCUUGGUGUGGAGCGUGCUGCAAGGCUGGCUCAAGAAAUGGAUGCCCAGAUUGAGAAGUACCAGAAGAUCUACGACAGCUUGCUCGAUGCCCAAACCAGCAUCAUGGAGAACCCUUCGAGGUCCUACAAAGAGCAGUUGAUGCGGCUCUUUAUUGCUUGCACGAAGGCUGACGUUGCCAUUAACAAUCUGAUGACCAUGAAAGCUCCCACCAGCAAGAAGGAGAAAGACCCUACUCCGGAGAAGAAGGGUGAGCAAGAUUCCGAGGAUGAAUUGGCCAAUGAACUUCUUUAUGACUACAUGCAUGGGGGAGAAUCCGCCUACCGCACUACAAAGAUUGCCAACAUGAUAUGCCGCGCUGGCAAACAUCGAGACUUGGCUGGGAUGUGUUCCGUACAGGCCUGGACCUUGAGCGAGUUAUUCCCUUUGCUCAUCAUGGUGAUGAAGGGCGAGGAUUGCGUAAAUGGUGCCCAUGUCCACAUGGCCUGCAUUGCGGGGAAAGGGGCGUACCUCCUGGCCACUGGAUAUCAGUGCAUCGACAAGUGCCACCUUUGCGAAGCAACGGACAAGCAACAACUCGUGGCCUACCAGUCUGGGAGGCAAGGCUUUCGACACAGGCGUGGUUUGCCAGAAGAUGAUGACAAGGCCGUCUGA